AUGACUUCUGUCAAUCGGAUGAACUGGAUGAAGAAACUGAACCAUCUGCUACUAGGUACACUAAAACAUGCUUGUUGACUUUAUAGACACUCAUACACUUACAUUAACAUGCAGUACAAUGAAAAAAACAUGUACAAAAGCAUUCACUCACAUAACAAAUACACUUGAAUUACACAUUGUUUUUUACAGACUGUUGUAAAGGGUUACAGUAUGUCAACAUAUGUAUUCUCUUAUUAUGUUCAAGACGGCUCCUUGAAGCACCACUGUUUCACUCUAGUGCUGAUGAUUCAUUGUCCAUGUGAUGUUCUAUUUACAGAGUCCAGCUGGAAAGAACAGUCUUACUCCAGCUGCUACUCUUUGGACAGUGAUGACUGUGAGACCAGAACCAGGAAGUAAGAACAGUCCUCCAUGAUUUAUCAGUCACAGACAGGAUGAAAACUAUGUUCAAGUGUGUUUUUAUGGGGUAAUUAUGUAUAUGUUUUUGUGAGUAUUUGUUCCUGGGUUUAGUGGGAGUAUAAUGUGGGUGUUUGUGGAUGUAUGUCCAUUUGUUUACAAAGUGGUCAUAUCUGUGUGAAUGCUCAUGCACCAGUAUGUGUAGUGAUAUUUCAUCUCCCACCACCUCUCCAGGUCUCGAAGUUCUGCACCUAAAGCAGAGGGUCCUGCAGUGGAACUUCCUCCAAGACCAGAGCUGAUCAAAAACCCAGAUGAGAAGAGGCACCCUGCCCUGACUGUAGACUUCACCUUCAAGGUGGGCUGAUGUACUGUGUGUUCAGCCACAAAUGUCAACAUGUCCCCAAAGUUGAGAGUUGAGUGGAUGAGUUAGAGAAUUGCUCUUCUUUUCUCUUCUCUUCUUAUUUGUAUUUCAUUCUGUGGAUCCAAGGCCAUCAGGAAGACACUGGAGAAGCUGGGGCAGGAUGAUCUGAGGAAGAUUAAAAUCACGCUGUGGAAUCGUUACCCAGAGUCGUUCAGCGCUCCUCCCCAGGGCAUGGACAUGGUGGACUUGGUGGACAGACUGCUGGAGUGUUAUGACCUAGAGGUGGCCUUGCAGCUCACCAAGGCCCUGUUGAAGGACAUGGGCCUCAAGCGCCUGGCUGACUUCCUCACUGACAUUUGCAAGAGAAGUAUGCACGUCCUCUUUAUUUCAUUUGAUUAAUGUAAUAUACACUGAGCAAAUAUAUGAACGCAACAUGUAAAGUGUUGGUCUCAUGUUUCAUAAGCUGAAAUAAAAGAUCCCAGACUGCAGAAAUGUCCACCAGAGCUGUAGCCAGAGAAUUAAAUGUUUAUUUAUCUAUCAUAAGCCACCUCCAACGUCGUUUUAGAGAAUUUGGCUGUAAGUCAAACCAGCCUCACAACCGUAUGGCGUCCUGUGGGUGAGCGGUUUGCGGAUGUCGACAUUGUGAACAGAGUGCCCCAUGGUGGCGGUGGGGUUGUGGUAUGGGCAAGCAUAAGCUACGGACAACGAACACAAUUGCAUUUUAUCGAUGGCAAUUUGAAUGCACAGAGAUACCGUGACGGGAUCCUGAGGCCCAUUGUCGUGCCAUUCAUCCGCCGCCAUCACCUCAUGUUUCAGCAUGAUAAUGCACGGCCCAAUGUCGCAAUGAUCUGUACACAAUGCCUGGAAGCUGACAAUGUCCCAUGGAGAAAAUGUCCCAGUUCUUCCAUGGCCUGCAUACUCACCAGACAUCUACACCUAUUGAGCAUGUUUGGGAUGCUCUGGAUCGAUGUGUACGACAGCGUGUUCCAGUUCCCACCCAUAUCCAGCGACUUCGCACAGCCAUUGAAGUGGAGUGGGACAACAUUCCACAGGCCACAAUCAACAGCCUGAUCAACUCUAUGCGAAGGAGAUGUGUUGCGCUGCAUGAGGCAAAUGAGAAUGGCGCCGGAGAAGAUGGCUGCCGUUUUACAGCCCUCAAACCAAUUGUACCAUUAUUUGUGUUUUUCCGCGUUAUUUGUAAUUUAUUUUGUACAUAAUGUUUCUGCCAUCGUCUCUUAUAACCAAAAAGAGCUUCUGGAUAUCAGGACAGCGAUUACUCACCACGUAUUGGACGAAGAUUUUUUUUUCAACGAGGCGGCCGCGAAGGAUAUCCUACAGACACCCGACAAGGCCCAAAUCCCCGUCAUUCGCAUGAGAAAGAGACUGAGAUAUCGUGGACGUAGGUCGGGGUGCCUUGUAAGGAUCCGACGGCGAGCGAGUAAACUGCCUCUCCCAUCAAUCCUAUUAGCCAAUCUUCAAUCAUUUUAGAAUAAAUUGGAUGACCUAAGAUUACGGUUAUCCUACCAACGGGACAUUAAAAACUGUAAUAUCUUAUGUUUCACCGAGUCGUGGCUGAACGACGACAUGGACAACAUACAGCUAGUGGGCUAUACGCUACAUCGGCAGGAUAGAACGGCUGACUCCGGUAAGACAAGGGGUGGCGGUCUGUGUAUAUUUGUAAACAACAGCUGGUGCACAAAAUCAAAUACUAAGGAAGUCUCAAGGUUUUGCUCGCCUGAGUAUCUUAUGAUAAGCUGUAGACCACACUAUUUACCAAGACUCUAUAUUUUUCAUAGCUGUCUAUUUACCACCACAAACCAAUGCUGGCAUUAAGAUUGCACUGAAUGAGCUGUACAAGGCCAUAAAUCAACAGGAAAACGCUCAUCCAGAUGCAGCGCUCCUAGUGGCCGGGGACUUUAAUGCAGGGAAACUUAAAUCCGUUCUACCUAAUUUCUACCAGCAUGUUAAAUGUGCAACCAGAGGGAAAAAAACUCUAGACCACCUUUACUCCACACACAGAGACGCAUACAAAGCUCUCCCUCGCCCUCCAUUUGGCAAAUCCGACCAUAACUCUAUCCUCCUGAUUCCUGCUUAUAAGCAAAAACUAAAGCAGGAAGCACCAGUGACUCGGUUAAUAGAAAAGUGGUCAGAUGACGCAGAUGCUAAGCUGCAGGACUGUUUUGCUAGCACAGACUGGAACAUGUUCCGGGAUUCUUCAGAUAGCAUUGAGGAGUACACCACAUCAGUCACUGGCUUCAUCAAUAAGUGCAUCGAUGAUGUCGUCCCCACAGUGACCGUACGUACAUACCCCAACCAGAAGCCAUGGAUUACAGGAAACAUAAGAAAUCCCGCUAUGCCCUCCGACGAACCAUCAAACAGGCACAGAGUCAAUACAGGACUAAGAUUGAAUCGUACUACACCGACUCUGACGCUCGUCGGAUGUGGCAGGGCUUGAAAACUAUUACAGACUACAAAGGGAAGCACAGCCGCGAGUUGCCCAGUGACACAAGACUUCCAGACGAGCUAAACCACUUCUAUGCUUGCUUCGAGGCAAGCAACACUGAAGCAUGCAUGAGAGCACCAGCUGUUCCGGAUGACUAUGUGAUCACGCUCUCCGUAGCCAAUGUGAGUAAAACUUUUAAGCAGGUCAACAUUCACAAGGCCGCAGGGCCAGACGGAUUACCAGGACGUGUACUCCGAGCAUGUGCUGACCAACUGGCAAGUGUCUUCACUGACAUUUUCAACAUGUCCCUGACUGAGUCUGUAAUACCAACAUGAUUCAAGCAGACCACCAUAGUCCCCGUGCCCAAGGACUCUUAAGAUAACCUGCCUAAAUGACCACCGACCCGUAGCACUGACGUCUGUAGCCAUGAAGUGCUUUGAAAGGCUGGUCAUGGCUCACAUCAACACCAUUAUCCCAGAAACCCUAGACCCACUCCAAUUUGCAUACCGCCCCAACAGAUCCACAGAUGAUGCAAUCUCUAUUGCACUCCACACUGCCCUUUCCCACCUGGACAAGAGGAACACCUACGUGAGAAUGCUAUUCAUUUACUACAGCUCAGCAUUCAACACCAUAGUGCCCUCAAAGCUCAUCACUAAGCUAAGGAUCCUGGGACUAAACACCUCCCUCUGCAACUGGAUCCUGGACUUCCUGACGGGCCGCCCCCAGGUGGUAAGGGUAGGUAACAACACAUCUGCCACACUGAUCCUCAACAUGGGGGCCCCACAGGGGUGCGUGCUCAGUCCCCUCCUGUACUCCCUGUUCACCCAUGACUGCAUGGCCAGGCACGACUCCAACACCAUCAUUAAGUUUGCCGACGACACAACAGUGGUAGGCCUGAUCACCGACAACGAUGAGACAGCCUAUAGGGAGGAGGUCAGAGACCUGGCCGUGUGGUGCCAGGAUAACAACCUCUCCCUCAACGUGACCAAGACAAAGGAGAUGAUUGUGGACUACAGGAAAAAAAAGAGGACUGAGCACGCCCCCAUUCUCAUCGACGGGGCUGUAGUGGAACAGGUUGAGAGCUUCAAGUUCCUUGGUGUACACAUCACCAACAAACUAUCAUGGUCCAAACACACCAAGACAGUCGUGAAGAGGGCACGACAAAGCCUAUUCCCCCUCAGGAGACUGAAAAGAUUUGGCAUGGGUCCUCAGAUCCUCAAAAAAUGCUACAGCUGCACCAUCGAGAGCAUCCUGACUGGUUGCAUCACCGCCUGGUAUGGUAACUGCUUGGCCUCCGACCGCAAGGCACUACAGAGGGUAGUGCGUACGGCCCAGUACAUCACUGGGGCCAAGCUUCCUGCCAUCCAGGACCUCUAUACCAGGCGGUGUCAGAGGAAGGCCCUCAAAAUUGUCAAAGACUCCAGCCACCCUAGCCAUAGACUGUUCUCUCUGCUACCGCACGGCAAGCGGUACCGGAGUGCCAAGUCUAGGUCCAAAAGACUUCUCAACAGCUUCUACCCCCAAGCCAUAAGACUCCUGAACAGCUAAUCAUGGCUACCCCAUCUUUUUACGCUGCUGCUACUCUGUUAAUUAUUUAUGCAUAGUCACUUUAACUCUACCCACAUGUACAUAUUAUUUCAACUACCUCAACUAGCCGGUGCCCCCGCACAUUGACUCUGCACCGGUACCCCCCUGUAUAUAUAGCCUCCCUACUGUUAUGUUACUUUACUUCUGCUCUUGUUGUUUUAUUUUACUUUUUUAUUUAAAAUAAAUGCACUGUUGGUUAAGGGCUGUAAGUAAGCAUUUCACUGUAAUGUCUGCACCUGUUGUAUUCGGCGCAUGUGGCCAAUAAAAUUUGAUUUGAUUUGAAAUGGUGGUCACACCAGAUACUGACUGGUUUUCUGAUCCACGCCUCUACCUUUUUUUUAAGGUAUCUGUGACCAACAGAUGCAUAUCUGUAUUCCCAGUCAUGUGAAAUCCAUAGAUUAGGGCCUAAUGAAUUUAUUUCAAUUGACUGAUUUCCUUAUAUGAACUGUAACUCAGUAAAAUCUUUGAAAUUGUUGCGUUUAUAUAUUUUUUCAGUAUAAUAAAAAUAUAUAUACUUUGAAUUAUUAUAUGAAUAGUUGUACUAAGCUCAUUAGGCUUUUAUACGUUAUACAGUACUUCAAGAACCAAUGGGCUAUACACUAAAAUAAUUCAUUGAAAUGGCCAUUGAACAGGAGGAAAUAUACUAAAUUGUGCCUUUAAUGUCUCCUUUUCCCCUGUUUUUCUCUGUGCAGAUGAGGUGCGUUAUGAGCUGAGACUCACUCUGCUGAGGAAGUAUAGCAGUAUGCACGAGGGCUUUGCCCAGCAGGGAGACCAUAAGGCCUUUGACAGUAUUUUUAAUGAGCUCUACAUAACAGACGGAGGCAAUGCUGGACCCAAUAUCCAACACGAGGUCAGAAAGAUUGACAAGCUGUCCACCAAUCACAAGAAGGUGAAGCUGAUAACCUGCAGGUAAAUAUUUGACCCCAAUAUGAUCUAUGAGAAGCAUGUCAGAUCUAUAGUGACCAACAGCAUCGCCGGGGUGGGGAAGUCUGUGGCCGUGCAGAAGUUCAUUAUGGACUGGGCCGAGGAGUGGGAGCACAAGCAGGUCUUCUUCCUGUUCCCACUGCCCUUCAAAGAGCUCAACCUCAUGCUGGACCUAAAGACCAGCCUCCUGGAGAUCGUCCACACCCUCUACCCUGAGACCAAGGUGCUGCCCACCUUCGAGUGCGUCGACGGCAAGGUCAUGUUCGUCUGUGACGGGCUGGACGAGUAUGCACAUCCCCUGGACUUCCACCGCACAGAGACUUGGUGUGAUAGCACCGAGCCGGCCAUGAUGCACGUGGUGCUGACCAACCUGAUCAGGGGAAACCUGCUCCCCUCCUCCCUCCUCUGGAUCAUCUCCCGCCCGCUCACCUCCAGUCGGCUGCCCCCACAGGCUGUGCACCAGGUGUUGCAGGUGCGCGGCUUCACUGACAAACAGAAGGAGGAGUACUUCCGGAGAAGAUUUGAGGACCCGGCGCAGGCCGAUAAGGAGAUCGCCCACCAGACCUCCUGCAAGACCCUCCACAUCAUGUGCCAUCUGCCCAUGUUCUGCUGGGUGGUGUGCGGACUGUUCCAGCGCACGUUCAGGGAGAAGGGGCCGGAUGUGGAGCUGCCCAAGGGGCUGACCCUGAUGUACACCCACCUUCUCUUGGUGCACCUGCGUGUGCGUGGCGCCAGGGGCUCUGCCUCUUGCACCCCAGAAGAGGAGAGUGACUUCCUGAUGAAGCUUGGCAAGCUGGCCUUCACAAUGCUGGAGAAGAACCAGAUGGUCAUUGACAAGGCCACCUGGAAGGACUGCGGGGUGGAGGUCGCUGAGGCCGUCACCAAGAGUGUCCUGUACAUUGAGUUCCUGAUCGAGCAGUUUGUCAUGUACCAGGAGAAGGUCCAGACCUUCAUCCACUCCACCAUGCAGGAAUACCUGGCUGCUCUCUACGUGUUCCUCACCUGGAGGUGCACAGGAAACAACAUGCUAGAGCAGCUGCUGAAAAGCAAGUUCUCACUCAUGUUCAAGAACCCCGGUCUGCUGGACAUUCACCGCAGCGCCAUAGAGAGGAGCCUGCAGAGCCCCGAUGGAAACCUGGACGUCUUCCUGCGCUUCCUCUUGGGCAUGGCCCAGAACGCCAAUCAGGAGCUACUGCAACGCUUCCUACCCAAUAAGAGCAAGUGCUCUUCUGUCUCUGAGGAGACAGCCUCCAUCAUCAGGAAGAAGAUCAAAGAGAACCACCACCCUGACAGGAACGCCAACCUGCAGUGCUGCCUGGACGAGCUAGGGGUUGGUGCUGAAGCUCCCAGCCACAGCCGCUCUAACUCUCUGAAUAACCACUGGCAAUACUCUGGCUACAGUAUUUAUAAAGACAAAGAGAGUGUUGCUAGGUUAAGGGAAUUGGGGAAGAAACAUAUGGAUACUUCAGGGUUGCUUUGUAACAAAAUAUAA